UUGGACCACUAAAGCACCAGAGAUGUUUGAACAGAACUUCGUCUUCCUCGAACUUUCAUGGACCAUGCGGUAGACCAGUCUAGAAAUGGCGACCGACACUGUGAACUUUGGUCGUUCUUUCAUCCUUCCACCAUGGGUUGGUCCUCCCUAAAAUAUUCCCACGGAGCCCAUGUCUUACAAGUGGUACCAUCACAUGUUUGUUUUAUUAUGGGAAGAAAAUUACGGGGAUAUCGAUUCCAUCACACCCACCUUCUUUCAAUCUCUCUCCCCCAGAUCUAAUCUUGACAAAAAGUCGUCAUCUAUUUUGGAGGCUGCGACUUCUUGCAACGUCCAUAGCAGUCAGAUUGCGCAGUAGCAUCCGUCGGAUUUGUUUAUUUAGAGUCAUCGUGACCGCAAGUGCAUGAUGAAGUCGUAAUUCUCUCUUUCUCACCUUGAAAUCCUCUUUGCCUUAUGAACAGGAGGAUCCUAUUGGAUUCGUCCAUUGAAAGUCCAAGACAUUCAUCAAUCAUAGGACUCACGUGGAGCAGAAAUUUUUGAAAUCUGCACCAUUCGUUUGACGUUGUAAGAUAAAGAUUCUUCUGGUUUUUUAUAGCCCUUGUAGCUGCAUCCUUCUUCAGCUAAUUGCCAGGCAGACGUUGAGUUUGAGCCAUGUUCUUCAAGACUCUUGCUGUGCUCUCUCUACUCCCAGUUUUGGCUUACGCUCAAGAAACCAAUUUUGUGUACAACGGUUUCCGAUCGGUCAGUCUGAGCCUUGAUGGGAUCGCAGGGGUCACCUCCAAUGGCCUCCUGAAGCUGACCAACGACACCAGACAGCAGAAGGGCCACGCCUUCCAUCCAGACCCUGUCCAGCUCAAGAACUCGCCAAGCGGUUCUGUCUACUCCUUCUCCACUGCGUUUGUCUUCGCGAUUCAACCUCAGUAUGCCACUCUAAGCGGCCAUGGGAUCGUCUUCGUGAUCGCGCCCCAGAGAGGCCUCCCCGGGUCCCUGCCGAGCCAAUACCUCGGUAUGUUCAGCGAAACUGACAACGGAAACUCCACCAAUCAUGUGUUUGGGGUCGAACUCGACACGAUCCAGAGCAGCGAGUUUAAUGACAUUAACGAUAAUCAUGUCGGAAUCGACUUGAACGGGUUGACAUCAGCAAUAUCAACUCCAGCGGGGUAUUAUGCAGAUGGUGGGGAGAUCAAUAACUUGACUCUAAUCAGUGGUAAAGAAAUGCAAGUUUGGGUGGACUACAACGGAACUGAAAAGCGGAUCGAUGUCACAUUGGCUCCAAUCAAUGUGCAAAAACCGCAGACUCCCCUUUUGUCUCUUAGGCAGGAUCUCUCGUCAAUCGUCAACCAGAGCAUGUAUGUCGGCUUCUCGUCAUCGACCGGUUCGGUCCUAACUUCUCACUAUGUUCUGGGUUGGAGCUUCAGGGUAAAUGGAGAGGCUCAGGCACUUGCCCAGUCCCAACUUCCUAAGCUUCCUCGGAUCGGUAAGAAGGAGACGUCGAAAGUACUGACUAUAGGGCUCCCGCUGAUGGUUCUUUUCGUUGCAUCGAUGCUGAUCUUGAGCGUGGUUUACGUGAUAAGAAGGAAAAGGAAAUUCGCUGAGGUCCUCGAAGAUUGGGAGAGGGACUACGGCCCGCACCGGUUCAAGUUCAAAGACCUUUACAUUGCGACAAAAGGAUUCCGGGAGCAAGAGCUAUUAGGGACUGGAGGGUUUGGUCGGGUCUAUAGAGGAAUCUUACCCAAAUCGAAGAUAGAGAUUGCGGUGAAGAGGAUCUAACACGAAUCGAGACAAGGCAUGAGAGAGUUCAUAGCGGAGAUCAUCAGCAUUGGUCGGCUCCGUCACCGCAACAUAGUGUCGCUCCUUGGUUACUGCCGCAGGAAAGGGGAGUUGCUCUUGGUUUACGACUACAUGCCCAAUGGGAGCCUCGACAAAUACCUCCAUAACCAGCCAAAAGUGACCCUCAAUUGGAGGCAAAGAUUCAGGGUGAUCAAAGGAGUGGCAUCUGGGCUGCUUUAUCUGCACGAAGGGUGGGAGCAAGUGGUGAUCCAUAGGGAUAUAAAGGCGAGUAACAUCUUGCUAGAUGCCGACUUAAAUGGAAGACUUGGAGAUUUUGGGCUUGCGAGACUAUACGACCAUGGAACCGACCCUCAAACGACUCACGUGGUAGGAACGCUCGGUUAUCUCGCCCCUGAGCACACGCGAACCGGCAAAGCGACUAGGAACACCGACGUGUAUGCCUUCGGAGCAUUUUUGCUUGAGGUUGCCUGCGGGAGAAGGCCGAUAGAGCUUCGGGACGCGGAGGACGUGAUAUUAGUGGACUGGGUAUUUUCUUGCUGGGACAGAGGUGCAAUUCUCGUGGCAAGAGAUCCGAGGUUGGGGGCGGAAUUUGUGGAAGAAGAGAUGGAGUUGGUGCUGAAACUCGGGUUGAUCUGUUCCCACUCCGACCCGUUGAUGAGGCCGAGCAUGCGUCAAGUUUUGCAGUACUUGGAGAGCGAUCUUCCGAUUCCGGAACUGUCGUCCAUCGGCCUUUCCUCAGGCGGAUUAACGUUCGCUCAUCGCGAAGGUUUUGACGAUUUGGCCAUGUCUUAUCCGUCCUCCAUAUACAAGGCAUUUACGCACUCGUCUUCUGUCGCAGAAUCGCAACUCUCGGGUGGACGAUGAGCCUCAUGGUUUAGUUUCUAAUUUAGUUCCAUCCUCUGUAUUUGGGGAAACAUCCGUAUGUCCAGUGGCAUCUUUCUUCUCUCGUAGAAAUCGAUAGGUUGUAAGAUAAGAUCAUGUUCAGAUCUAGAAUACGUAGGCUCUAUGAGUCAUCCUGGUCCUAGUA